AUGGAUGGAUUCAGCUGCACUAUUAAGAUCACACACAACUUAGUCGAUCGUGAAUUGGUGAGUCCUAAAGUAUACUUAAACAGAGGAACGACAAGAACACCUCCACCUUAUAGGAUAGCAGCUGGUUAUGAAAAUGCAGACAAGAAAAUCGCAAUCUUUAACGCUGAUGAUAAGAUAACGAAAGCAAAUUUUGCCACCUCAGGGAGCAUGAGUUACGACAUUGGUAAUUCGUACCUUCUCGUCGUUGUAUGGAACGUAGUGAAACAUGGAACAUUUUUGCUUGGAGAGGGGAAAAAUUCCUUUUAUUUCGCAGUUCUUAAAAAAAGCGAUAUCAAGACCAACUGGAAAACCUCCAUGAAGACAUUGUACGACGAUGCGCAGACAAAAAUGAUUGAAGCUACAAUAACAGGACGUUAUAUCAAACUUAUAAACAAUGCUGCUGACGGGAGUGUUGAUUUUACUAUACGUACUCACAUGACUAAUGAUAAAAACGCUCAGUUAGUCUUGAUUAUAGAUGAUCCGCGCGCAACAACUGAAACCACCCCAACAAAACGUGGUCUUGCUACAGCCAUGGGAAUGAGUGCACUCUUUACUGUAGUGGGAAGUUUGAGCAAAAUGGCACUAAGGCAUUUACCCCUCGAUACCCAAUCAGUUGUAGUAACGGUGCAAAAUGAUUUCGCUGAUACAAGUUUAGAAAAUCCUGAAUGGGGUGUAAAACAGGCCAUUGUUUUUGAUUCCAUUCCAUACGAGAUCCCUGCUCAGGAAGAGCGGCAAAUGACGUUUAAGAUCCCUUUAGGUUAUACUGAAACAAAAAAUCCAUUUGACAAAACAAAACACUCUGCAAUUUUUGUAAGUUACAGGAUAAAAGGAACUGAAGCACGCCUCACUUUUACAAUUUGGUGGGCGAAGAAACUUAAAGUUUCCGAACUUAACCACUAUUCAGUUUCCCUAAUGUCUGCCAAUAUUAGUCCCAAUUUGAUUCAAAAUAUUCUCAAAAAUCGCGAAAGUACCGGAGGGUAUUUGGAAAAUGUCUUAGCAGCCACUCAGUACUUGGACUACCAAUGCAGAGAAAGCGAAUAUGAUGCUGACCAAGUAGUAAAUGAUGUUCAGACCAAGGUCAAGAAAAUCGUUCGUAUGGCUGUAACAAUGGGUGAUAGCACUGCCAGCAAUAUGGUAGUAAAUAUCGGGGAAAGAAAAGGAAAUAAAUUUGAUAUAAUAGUACCAUCGUUUCAGGCCUGCUAUGAAAAGUAA